AUGAAGAGAGAGAAAUCCACUGCAGAUAGGUACACUUUUCCCCUUGUUCUCAAGGCAUGUACCCUUUUACAGUCAAAAGACACUGGUAAAGUCCUUCAUGGAUGCACUCUAAAACUUGGGUUUUCCUUUGAUUUAUUUGUUCAGAGUGGGCUAAUUAGAUUCUAUGCUGAAUGCGGUUUUAUUGAUUGUUCUCGCCGUGUAUUUGAUGAAAUUCUUGAAAGAGAUAUUGUUAUAUGGAACACUAUGAUUGGUGGGUACAUGAAGCAUGGUCUAAUAUCUGAGGCGAUAAAAUUAUUUAAUGAAAUGCCUGCUAAAAAUAUUGGAAGUUUUAACACUAUGCUUAGUGGGUAUGCGAAAUUUGGCGAAUUGGAAAAUGCAAAGAAAGUAUUUGAUCAAAUGCCGGAAAGAGAUGUCAUUUCUUGGAAUUCCAUGGUAAUGGGUCAUGCUAAAUAUGGAUCCUUGGAUGUUGCUCGUGAAAUUUUUGAUCAAAUUCCUCGAAGAAAUGUGUCUUCAUGGGCUAACCUUAUAUCAGGGUUGGCUCAAAGGAGCGAAUUCGUAAAAGCUUUAGAAACCUUCGUUGAAAUGCAAAGAGACACAGUUAGACCGAACCAAGCUAUAUUGGUUAGUAUUCUCUCAUCUUGUGCUCAUUUGGGUGCUCUUGAUCAAGGGAUUUGGGUUCAUGCCUACCUAGAAAAAUGCAUGACUAGUUUGGAUGAUAUACUAUGUGCUAGUCUUGUAGAUAUGUACUCGAAGUGUGGUUUUCUAGAGGCGGCAAACAUAGUAUUCAACAAAACAAAUCCCAAAGGAGUCUGUGGAUGGACGGCUAUGAUUUUGGGGCUCGCCAUACAUGGACAGUCAGAUGAUGCCCUACGCCUCUUCGAUAAAAUGCCGGAGGUCGGGAUGAGGCCAAACGGCCGCACUUGCCUAGCUGCCUUAAGUGCUUGCGUGCAUGCUGGUUUUGUUGAUAAGGGGCAUGAAAUUCUUGAUACUAUGCAUCGAGUUCAUAACGUGAGACCGGAAUUAGAACACUAUACGUGUGUUAUCGACCUUCUUAGUCGUGCAAACCUCUUCGACGAGGCCCAAGAGCUUGUAAGGACCAUGCCAUUUAAGCCUGAUGCUUUUGUUUGGGGAGCUUUAUUAAGCGGUUUUAGAAUUCAUAGAAGCUCAACUGUAUCUCUGAGCGAAGACAUGGGGAGGGAGAUGUUGAGAUUGGGUGCUAAGGAUAGUGGACCUUUUGUGAGUUUGUCAAAUAUAUAUGCAUCUUGUGAGAGAUGGGAAGAUGUAACAAGAUUGAGAACCUUGAUGGGUGAUGUAGGAGUGAGGAAGAACCCUGGUUGUAGCUUAAUUGAGGUGAAUGGUGAAGUUCAUGAGUUUCUAGCAGGGGAGAGAUCUCACCCUCAAUGUAAAGAAAUAUAUCAUUUGUUAGAUGGGUUAUCAAGACAUAUUUACGGGAAUUGGAUGAAAUGA